AAUUUUUGCGAAUUGCAGGUAGAGCGCGCUUGUUCUGUCUAUCAGAAAUUAUACCCAAAGUGUUUCUUUUCGUAGACCUCUGCUCGUGUCCGCUGGUGCCGACUUAUUCGUUUGACAAGAAUUUGCUGAUAAAAUGUUCUCAUCACUAAUCGAAGCUGCCAAAAACUCACCCUUCCGGACGCCUUUCUCCAAAGUGCAAUGUGACAACUCUGCUAAAAGUAAUGGGCCAGUAGUGGGUCGGGAGAUUCAAGCUGCAUCUACUCCUGUAGCAUCACCUGGAGAUUCCUGUGAGUUCGGCAGUGCGAAGUAUUUUAUGCUGUGCGGUAUUGGUGGUAUUUUGUCUUGCGGUUCCACACACACAUUUGUAGUGCCAUUGGAUUUGGUGAAGUGCCGUUUACAAGUUGACCCAAAGAAAUACAAGAAUCUGGUACAUGGAUUUAAAGUCACCGUAGCGGAGGAAGGCGCCCGUGGGUUGGUCAAAGGUUGGGCGCCAACAUUUUUCGGUUACUCUGCACAGGGUCUCUGCAAAUUCGGUCUUUAUGAAGUCUUUAAAGUAUACUACCAUGAUAUGUUGGGUGAAGAAAACGCAUACUUGUAUCGUACUUGGUUGUACUUGGCUGCUUCAGCUUCGGCUGAAUUCUUCGCCGAUAUUGCUUUGGCACCACUUGAAGCUGCUAAGGUAAAAAUCCAAACUAUACCUGGAUUUGCUAAUACCAUGCGUGAAGCUGUACCUAAAAUGAUGAAAGAAGAAGGAGUAGGCGCAUUCUACAAGGGAUUAGUGCCUCUAUGGAUGAGACAGAUUCCAUAUACCAUGAUGAAGUUCGCUUGCUUUGAGAAAACAGUUGAAUUAUUAUAUAAGCAUGUUGUACCAAAACCACGUGCUGAUUGUACAAAAGGUGAACAGUUGGUUGUUACAUUUGCUGCUGGUUAUAUUGCUGGCGUUUUUUGUGCUAUUGUCUCACAUCCAGCUGAUGUUGUUGUCUCUAAAUUGAAUCAAGCUAAGGGCUCUUCUGCUGUACAAGUUGCAAAAUCUUUGGGCUUCAUGGGCAUGUGGAAUGGUUUAAUGCCACGUAUUAUUAUGAUUGGUACGCUCACUGCCUUACAAUGGUUUAUCUAUGAUGGCGUCAAAGUAGCUUUGGGUAUCCCUCGCCCACCACCACCAGAGAUGCCAGCUUCUCUUAAACAAAAACUUGAGAAGCAACAUUAAAUUAAUUUAUAAGUUUU